AUCGUGCCAAAAGCAAUUGACUUGCAGAAACAACACUGCGUAGCAAGGAUCGACUCGAGGCAAGACGAGAGGGAGCUAGAUGUGGCUAGUUAGGACGGAGGGAGCAACAUUUGGGGCGCCCCUGUGCCCGAGGCUUGAGAGCUGGUUGGCCUGGGUUUUUGAAGACAUUGCAGGGAGCUCCUUGCCUUGGCAUACGAAGGAGGGUCAGGCAAGAUGCCUCCCAAGUCGGGGAAAGCGGCUAAAGCCGCCACAAAAGCCGAGGUAGCUAAGAAGCAGAAAGUUGCGGAGGACAAGACGUUUGGGCUGAAGAACAAGAACAAGAGCAAAGCAGUGCAGCAGUACGUAAAAAACCUUCAAAGCUCUGCACAGGCGGUGGCUAAGUCGAAACUAGACCCGAAUGCCGAGAAAGACGCACAAAGAAAAAAGAAGGAGGCUGAGGCUCAGCGUGAGAAGGAGCUUAAUGAACUUUUCAAGGUCGCCAUCACGCAGCCUAAGGUACCUGUAGGCGUGGACCCCAAGUCAAUUGUGUGCGAGUUCUUCCGGCACGGCCAGUGCGCCAAGGGCUUCAAGUGCAAGUUCUCGCAUGACCUGUCGGUUGAGCGCAAGAGCGCAAAGAUCGAUAUCUACCAUGAUGCAAGGGAGGACGGUGAAGAGACGAUGGAGGACUGGGACCAGGAGAAGCUGGAGGACGUGGUGAAGCGCAAGGCGGCCGAGUUCAGCUCCAAUCAAAACAAUGCGACGGCGAUUGUGUGCAAGUUCUUCUUGGACGCUGUCGAGAAGAAGCAGUACGGGUGGUUCUGGAGUUGUCCAAACGGAAAGGCGUGCAUCUACCGGCACGCGCUGCCGGCCGGGUACGUGCUCAAGAGCCAGAUGAAGGCGCUGCUGGAAGAGGAGAGCAACAAGAUGGCGGUCGAGGACGAGAUUGAGCAAGAGCGGCACAAGCUGGCCUCGUCGACGCCCCUCACGGCGGAGCUGUUUGCGGAGUGGAAGCGCAAGAAGCAGGAAAAGCGGGAGCAGGAACUGGCCGAGAAGACGGCCGAGAGGGCCAAGAACGAUCGGCUGAGUGGGCGAGAACUGUUCCUUUCGGACGCUUCAUGGUUCGUGGAUGACGACGGGGCGUAUGCCGAGUACGAGCGGAGCAAGGAAGAGGAGCAGAGGGCGGACGCCGAAGCAAAAGAGGCUAGCGACUCGGGCGCGAACGGUAAUGCGUCCAAGUCAUUGAAGGACGACGAAGCAGGACCGUCGGCGGCUCUUUCUAGCGGGGCGGUCACGAAACAGGAAUUAGAAGACAUGUUUGAUGACGAUGACGAUCUGGAUCCCGACGAGCUAGACGAGUUAGCGGGAAGCGUUGAGCAAAAAGUUGCCCUCGAGGACACCGGGUGACAUCGUUAAAGAGAUGCUGAGUGAGGAAAGUGUAUCAAGAGCAAAACUCAGCUUAGGACAACAAACAUCCCUCUGGCUUUUGGGAAGUGGAGAGGGAGGGGGCCGUUUUGCAUGCACCGACUUGCUCUUUCGCAGAUCGCUUGAAACGGUUUUGCGUUUCGCAAUGCAGAGAUUGAGGGCUUGUAAG